AAGGUAAUUUGCAGGUCAGCUGAAUGGGAGGUUGUAUUUCGUGUAUAUAAAUAACUAUGAUCGUUUCUUCUCAAAUCGAUGUGAAAUAAGCUUAUAACAGGACAUUAAAACAGAAAUAUUCGAGAAGCUAAAAUGGUGCAUACAGAUCUGGCAAUCGCCGUGUUAUUGUUAGGAAUCGUUUACAGAACACAGGCAGUUUUCAACGAAAUCGCAAAAACGAAAGUCGAAAUAACCACCACGCUAAGACCUUGUUCCAAUAAGAGGACAAAGACCGGCGUGCUGGACGUAUAUGAGGAGUGGGUUAAGGGAAAGGGCUGGAUUCUGAGAAGGUGUCCACAUGGUUUCCUUUAUGAGCCAAAGGACUGUGACUGUACGUCGCGAGUGGUGUUACAGAAGAAUUGCGAGCCUGACCUCUUCCUUUCUUUUGAAAACGGCGUUAAUGACCAGUCCCCUAUUGUCAAUUACAUUCAAAGUAAAAAUGUAAAAGUAAUUGAUGGCAAGGCAAUAUUUAAAGCCGAAAUGGGGAGUCAACUUAUCAUUCCACGUUACAAGAACUUCUGCAUUUCGAGUCUUACCAUAAACGUGAAGUACUUUUCCGAACACAAACGCCUGACACAGACCCAGGCAAUCAUAUCGAACAGCGACUGUGGAAUCGCCCCUUCCAUUGUGUUGUCUGAAGACAGCGCUUAUAUAUAUUUCACAGUGGCAACUGAUAUGGGCGAGAGAAUAUUAGCCGUCCACCAGCCAUCACAUACCAACGAUAAGGACAUUGUACUUACGUAUCACAAUGGCAUUCUUUCUGGUACGGUUAACGACCUCAAGAAAACCCUGGAAAUAAAUGGCAGUGGCAUCAAUCAGGUCCUCUGCGCCCUUCAUGUUGGCAGCGCGCACGAGGACCGUGGACUUAACUUCACUGGAGAAAUCGACGAGCUAAGCCUGUAUCUGUGUGUGUAAUACAUGAUUACCUUCAUAAUAUUUUUUCCGCAUUGAUGCAAUAUUUUUUGUUAAUUUCAUUCAGAAUUUAAUGACCAAUUUCUUAGCUGACUAAUAGGAAAACUCGAUACUGCCGUAUUGAUAAGUUACUGGCCAAUUCCUCAGCUGACCGAUGUAACAUAUAUGAAAACUUGACUCUGAUGCAUUGUAAAGUUAGUGUCAAUUUACAUAAUGAUUUAACAAAUAUGUUAAUGAAACUUUUUUUCAACAUAAGUAACUAAAUGUCCCGAGAAUUGUUACUAAAUAUAAAAAUGGGAACCAAAAUAAAAAAAAGUAUUGUUACAGACCAGACCAAAAUAAUUUAAACUUACUUGUCUCUUAAACUUACUUAAUGAGCCGGUAAUUAUUACUAUUUAUUAGAGAGGAGUUCUUAUUUCUUAGCUGACCAAAAAUGCAAAAUAUAUGGAAACUCGAUAUUGGAGAAUUUGUUCUGUUUCUAUACGGUCAGUAAACUUUACGGUUCAUUGCAUAGUGCUGACCAAUGUAACAUAUGACUAUUUUGUCCAAAAAGUGACUUGUUUGCAUAGUGAAAACAGGUUUAUCAUACUCAAACAAAGUUGCAAUAUUAAAAACCAGUGACAUCAAUA